AAUCCUUAGCAUCUCAAAGAAAUUAAUAAGUAUAACAAAAAUGGCAUUUCCUAAUAAUGAUAUUGGAGACGAAACUAGACAAGUUCUGGCUGCUCAGGCACACAUAUGGAACCAUAUGUUCAACUACAUCAAUUCCAUGUCACUUAAAUGUGCAAUUCAACUUGAAAUUCCAGAUAUCAUCCAUAGCCAUGGCCGACCCAUGAACCUCUCCGAUUUAGUAGAGGCCCUCCCCAUCAACAAUAAUAAUAAGGCUAAAACUCAUGAUUGUGUUUACCGUCUCAUGCGUAUUCUAGUUCAUUCUGGCUUCUUUAUUCAACUAGCUGAAGAGGGCUAUUUACUUACUCCGACCUCACGUCUCCUCCUCAAAGAUGAGCCUAUGAGCAUGAUCCCUUUAUUGAAAUUCGAUCUAGAUCCAAAUUUGAUGGAUCCAUGGCAUUCACUCAGCAAAUGGUUCAACAACGUCAGUGACGACUCUAAUACUACUCCAUAUGCAACCGCUCAUGGCAUGCCAUUAUUCAAAUAUGCAGAGAAUGAACCAAGACUUAACCAUUUAUUUAACGAAGGCAUGGCUAGUGAUUCCCGUUUGGUCAUGACCGUGUUGAUUCAAAAUGGUAAGGGGAUAAUUUUUGAAGGGUUGAAAUCGUUGGUGGAUGUUGGAGGGGGUACUGGAACCGUAGCUAAAGCUAUUGCGGAUGCAUUUCCACAAAUAAAUUGCACCGUCUUUGAUCUACCUCAUGUAAUUGAAGGGCUUGAAGGAAGCAAGAACCUGAGCUUUGUGGGAGGAGACAUGUUUAACUCCAUUCCCUCUGCCAACGCAAUUUUGCUUAAGUGGAUAUGCUGAUGAUGGUGAUUCUAAGUGGAAAAGAAAGAAGCCAACAAGAAUGGGCAAAACUCUUUUUGAUGCUGGUUAUAGUGACUACAAGAUUAUUCCUAUCUUAGGAUUAAGGUGUGUUAUUGAGGUUUACCCUUAAUCUACACUCUUAAUUGGACAAAUUAAAUAAAACAUGCACCUACAGUGAGUGAUCAUGAUGCAUAUUUUAUUUGUCAUUUAAUUUCCAUGUGUUAAUAAAGGGCCCUUUUGUGUUAUGUUUA